AAUUCAGAAUUACUUAAAAAUUUCUGUUCUGAUCUGAUCUUUUGAACAACAGCAUAGUGCUCCGCCACACACAAACACGCAUAUAUAUGAUUUUAAUUGUGGAAUUUGUAUGAAUUUAUUCUGAGUGUUCAGAUCUCUGUAUUGUUAGGUUAUAAAACGAUUAGAUUUGUUUAUCAGGAUACGCAAAGAUGGGGCUUUCUUUCACCAAGCUCUUCAGUCGUUUGUUUGCCAAGAAAGAAAUGCGCAUACUUAUGGUGGGUCUCGAUGCAGCUGGUAAAACAACGAUUCUCUACAAGCUCAAGCUGGGAGAGAUAGUUACUACAAUUCCGACCAUUGGAUUUAAUGUGGAGACUGUGGAGUACAAGAACAUCAGCUUCACUGUUUGGGAUGUCGGCGGCCAGGACAAGAUCCGUCCUUUGUGGAGACAUUACUUUCAGAACACCCAGGGGCUCAUCUUUGUGGUUGAUAGCAAUGAUCGAGAUCGUGUGGUAGAAGCAAGGGAUGAACUACACAGAAUGCUGAAUGAGGAUGAGUUGAGAGAUGCCGUGCUACUUGUAUUUGCAAAUAAGCAAGAUCUUCCAAAUGCAAUGAAUGCUGCUGAGAUUACCGAUAAACUUGGUCUUCAUUCCCUCCGUCAGCGCCACUGGUAUAUCCAAAGCACUUGUGCCACCUCAGGUGAGGGUUUGUACGAGGGGUUAGACUGGCUCUCAAACAACAUAGCAAACAAGGCAUAAUCACCUCACUUAGGGUUUGCAUGUUUGUGGAGGCCAGCUAAGAAGUUUUCUCAUUGCUUUCGUUCUUAAGGGAUCUGUAUUGUGUACCAUGUUAACGCUGACAUCUUUUCUUACUAUGUUCAAGGUCUCUUUUCCAGAUAUUGUGGUUCUUUAACUAUAGUAACAAAUGAAUUUGUGGAUACAAAUGAAUUUAUAUGAUCUAAAUCGUAUCUGCUUUGUUGAACGUAUCCAAGUACAAUCUGCGAACUAGAAGCAGUUUUUUCUUCUA